AUGCACCGUCUGCGGGAAGAGCUUCGCUCGAAGAUGAGCAGGGAUGUACUGCUUCGCCAUACUCGAGCCCACGUUGUAAACGAUGCCGGUAGCGAUCGCGAUGCGACGUUGACAUUGCCAGCAGAAGAACAGCAUUUAACCCCGAGUGUCGAAGAGAUACAGAAUCCAGAGGUGCUGUCUUGCGAUCACGGCAAUGGCGUGUCAAAUCAAUCACAUUUCAACCCGCAGGAGAGUUCUAUUUGCACCACGUCCCAUCGACGAUCCCCAACGGCGACAAAGACAGCAAGCAUUGGUGUAGAGCUUGGAACCCCUGACGUAUCACCCAUUCAAACUGAGUCAGUGACUACUCCUGAGACACACUGGUCGCCCUUGAUCAACAACGAUGCGGUAAGGGAGCUUGCCGAGCAGCGACUAGAGCGGUAUGAGUAUAGGGAUGAGACAACCAAGCUCACCGCCCCCCAAGAUUCAUUAUCCAUACCUAUGCCGCACGCUCCACCGGAGACUAUUCCUGUGCAGUUAGGUGACGAGACACUCCACUGGGACUCCACACCGCUCCUGGGGAGCCAUCUUGACAUCAGUGUUGGGAGUAUCUUAGAUGAAGCAUCAUUCCCUUCGGACUCGUUUCAAUCGUGGUGCAAUGACUUCGAUGGGCGCUUCUUUGCUGCAGGCUCCACACGCAACAUGCCAAGCCUGGCUGGUGACCCAGGCUUGCCUGAGCUGGAACUAGACGUCCUAGGACAAAAGUUGGACAAGACACAAGCCCCAUGGCCGAGGAGGCCGCGUCGUGUCGCCUCUUUGAUGCAUACUCUAUGGCAUGACGUGGCUUCUUGCACGGAUAGAAACCUCCUCUCGCAGAAAGUCCAAGCUGGAAGGCCGCGGUGUGACCAGCAUGACAAAAUCGGCGUGAUCUUCGACAGCCUUCGGCCACUGACAGCGCGCUUCAUGGGCUGCAGUUGUAGUGACACAGAUCCUCUGUAUUCUGCAGAUGAUGGUGGCAUAUCCGCCGGUGGUUGUACUACAUCCAGCUUCUCGCAAAGCGUUCAGAUAUGCCAUACUUGCAAGGUCUCCUUCAAGCUCUUAGCUCUGGGUCUGGAGCAGUAUAGACGAAAGUUCCAUGCCACUAUACCGAUAGUGCAUAUUCCAACCUUCCGCGAGCAAGAGACCCCACCUACUCUACUCUUCAUCAUGUGCUUAAUUGGGCUGACGUUUGUCAAUUCUGAAGAAGCCACUGCUCUAGUUUCGAGGGUUUUCCCCGGCGUGCUAGAACAAGUAUACUCGGAAGUCGUCACCAGCGCCUUCGAGGACAUCGGCCCAGAGAAAAGGAUUCGCAUGUUCGCGGCGUCGGGGCUCAUGCUUGCCCUUGUGAUACUUACCGGGUCAGAUCAUCAGUCCCGUUCACGAGAUCUCAUGCUUAUCAAUCCUCAGGCGGCACGCCAGCACGGCUUAUUCACAGCCAAUUACCACGACGUUCUGAACAAUCCUUUAGCCGAAACUUUAACGGAACAUGAUCAAUGGGUGUCUUGGAGUCGGGUCGAGUCGACUAAGCGAGUCAUCAUGUGUCUUUUGUUAGCCGAUGCAUGGUUUUCGGAGUACUAUUCUACAAACCCCAUCGUGUGCACCGAACACAUUAAAGUCUUUCUCCCCUGUGACAAGAGACUCUUUCAGGCAUCAACAUCCAGAGAAUGGGCUCAACUCAAAGAGCACGGAUGCAGAGCAACGAGCUCUCAAUUCACGAUAUCUUCUACUGACUUGCAGCUGCCCGUCCUCCCCCGACCCGCCGACCAGUAUUCCAUGAAGGUCAUACUCUGCUCCGUGCUCCUCCGCAUCCACGAUAGCUACUGCGUCCUAUUCUGCGGCGCCGACGCGGCGAUCCUGUCCAGUAAUCAAUACAUCCCGUGGAAGGUCUUUGCGCAGGAGAAGAAGGCCAAGCUGAAUACGCAGCUGGUCCUGCAGAUUAUGCAGCUCUGCGAGAGCAACAUUGAGGAAAUCGCCUCCGAUCUUCUGGUCAUUUGGCAUCAAUUGGCCAUUAUGCUGACGACUGAUUGCUACCUCCUCGAAGAAGCGGCUGGGAGGGAAGGGACUGAAUCCGCGAGGAGGGCGAUUGCUAUGGUCAAGAUCUGGGCAUGCACUCCUGCUGCGAGAAGAGCUUGUCUGCAUGCGUCGCAGGCUUUCAAAAUCGCAUCGCGUCGACGCCCACUGGAUAGCGGGUCAUUCCAAUCCCCUCAUCAUCUGUUCAACGCUGCUCUGGUUCUGGGGUUCUAUCUUCUCGUCGCACCCGCAGAGAUAGACGGGCAAGCCAGAUGCAGUGAGAAGUUCGAAAUGCUGAGUGAUGUCGAUUGGAAAGUCAUAGGGGCCGAGGGCCUUGUCGAAGUGGAAGCCCGAGUCGCCGCCAGAACCCAAAACGCAGCUGUAAAUUUCAUCCGUUUCGGUGGCCCCAUAUCUAUAGAUGGUGAGCCUUGUCACGGGGGUGUUUGGUCUGCCCAGAAGAUUUUCCUGGAUUUUGCCAGUCUUUUGGAUGCUAUGAAGAAGUGGAAGCUUGGGGAUUACUCUCGUCUGCUGUACACUUUAUCUGAGAACCUCGGGCAACUUCACAUGGCUGUUGACGAUCAUUUGCAGAUAGCAAGGCAGUAA